AUGCAGCUGCCAGCCUUCGACAUGUGGAAGGACUACUUCAACCUGAGUCAGGUGGUGUUGUCACUGAUCCAGACUCAGGGGCAAAGGUCAGAGGCCCAAGGGAUGGGGGAUCCAAGCCCUGAACUCCAGCUGGGGCAGGAUCAGGAGCUGGGAGGGCUGGGUGGCAGUGGAGGCCCAGACCCCUUAUGCAACUUCUGCAAGCACAAUGGGGAGUCUCACCACGUCUACUCCUCACACCAACUGAAGACACCAGAAGGUGUGGUGGUGUGUCCCAUUCUGCGGCACUAUGUGUGUCCCCUGUGUGGGGCCACCGGUGGCCAGGCCCACACACUCAAGUACUGCCCGCUCAAUGGGGGCCAGCAGUCUCUCUACCGCCGCAGCGGGCGCAACUCGUCUGGCCGCAAGGUCAAGCACUGA